UCUUACAGAGCUGCGGAACAGGGGGCGCUGGAGCUCCGAGCUGCUGGAGGUAAAGCGCUGAAAACCCCGCAGAAGAGGAGCGAGCAGCGCAGCCUGACAGUGUGCGGAGUGUGCGAUUGUGUGUGUUAUUAUCAGCAGCUGUAUAAAAUGGAUUCACAGGAUUUCUUGAACACAGACAGCCCUUCAGAAGGCCAAUCAGAACUGUCAACAGUAUCUUUCGAGGAUAUCAUGCGGCUUCAGAACAAAGUGGGGACCAAGGCAUUAAAAAAGAUUGCUUAUGGGACAACAAAGAACAAGCAGACUGCUGAACCUAUGAAACGACUGAGCAAGCACAGACCGGAAGAAAUGUCUGCUAAGAAACCAGUUCCUUUUCUCAGAAAAGUGGUGCCUACUAAGAAAAUGGUCUCGAGAGAUCCUCGUUUUGAUGACCUUUCUGGAGAAUUCAGGCCAGAUGUUUUCAAACAGACUUACAAUUUCAUUGGUGAAAUCAGGGAAAAGGAAGCAGAGAUGGUGAAGUCAAAGCUUAAGAAAGUAAAAUCAGAAGCUAAAAGAGAAGAAUUAAAGUCUUUGCUUAAGAGAAUGAAAAACCAAGACAGUGCUCGGCAGAGACUAGAGCAGCAACGGGAAAAAGAGCUUCAGUUUAAAAGGCAACAGCGAGAGUUGGUUGGACAGGGGCACAGACCUUUCUACCUUAAGAAAUCUGACAAGAAGAAGUUGGAGCUGGCCAAUAAAUACACUGAACUGAAGAAGAGUGGAAAAUUGGAGAAUUUCUUGAGCAAGAAACGGAAACGAAAUGCCAAUAAGGAUCGCAGGAAACUGCCCUGCUAGCACACACACACACACACACACAAACUCUACAAGGCCAAAUCAAGUCAACUUAAUGGAAGUCUUGCACCUUUUAUUGGACCGUCUGUGUUCAGUAUGAAACAGUUGGCACUCCUGUAGUUGGAGACUGUUGUUCCUGGAGCUGCUGUGUAAUCAGGACCUGCUUAAUGAACAUUUCCUCUUUCACAGAUUAAACAGAGCUUAUAAUGUUUUAUUUUUUUGAUAUUGGAGAAAAAUAAACAUUUGUGUGUGUUUUGGAAUCAUUGAAAUGUGUUCAGGUCACAAGAUGGAAAUGUGUCUUAAUUAUUUUUGGGCUAUAGACUUUUGUUUUGUUUAUAACAUUAAAGAUGUGUCUAUGAUACGA